AUGCCAUAUACCAACAACCGCGAGGACAGCCCAGAGCACGAUGACAACUGUGACAAACAAGUGAAUGAUGGAUGGGGCCCGAGCCAGUACAAUGAUGAGAAGGGAAUGAAAUUCAGCAUAAUCUUUGUGCCUCUUCAGCCAGCCGACCCCAAGUGCCAAAAGAAUGCCAAGCUGACAACCAUCACAAAGAUAGUCUAUGUGCAUGAAGACAUGGCUGUGAAGGACAUGAUUGUCAAGGUUCUUGACAAUAUCAAACAACAUGACUUAUUCAGCACUUCUUGGCUCUACAAUGGCUUUGAGCUUGCUGGAUCAGACUCACUCUCUUUCAUGUACACUGUCUACCGCUCUCAGAACAAAGAUGUCUCCCUUGACAAUGAAGAUGACUAUAUGGAACUCUGUACUCAAGCUCAAGAUGCAAGAAAACAAGAAGUUACACUCAAGCUAGUUGUAAAUGCUGAUGCCACGAACGGUGAAGAUGAGCAAGAUGAGAAUGAUGCUGAAGAGAAUGAGAACCCCAGAAAGAAGAGAAAACAGCAUCUGCCAUCAGUGGAGGAAAUAGCACAAGACCAGCACAUCACUGAGCUGCAAAACAAGUAUCACUGCAAAGAUCGCACCUGCCCAUAUGACCUUUGCUAUCCCUCAGGUCCAUCUGCCAAACAUGUCCAUCUCACCCACAAGCACCUUUGA